AAGAAAAAGAAAGAGAGGCCAUUUUACACGGUUAUAGAAACUGCCAUUUUUAUUUCUUUUUAUUUUGUUUCUAUUUCUAUGAUGGUGGUUCAAUGAGAGAAGAAGAAGAAGAAGAAAAAGAAGAAUCGCGGUGGUGAUGGAAAUCCAAGAUCCGCAAGCGAAACCCGGCCCCAACUUCAAUUCCAGUUCGAUCACGAGAAUGUCGGGUCCGCAACCAAAUGCAACGGCGAUGUUUGGAAGCAGCAGCAGCAGCAACCACAACAACAAAAGCAGCAACAACAAUAAUCCUAGCAAUAGCAGCAGCAGCAGUGCAUUCAUGAGAGGAGGUGGGGGGCACCACAGGAGGGCCCACUCGGAGAUGAGCUUCCGCUUGCCUGACGACAUGUCCAUCAUGAUGAUGGAUCUCUCUCCGCCCUCGGAUCCGAUCAACGCCGGGGGAGGAUCGUCCACCGCCAGCUUCGAGGAGAUGGGAUCCGAGGAUGAUCUUUUCUCCACCUACAUUGACGUGGACAAGCUCAACUCCUCCGAAGCUACAAAUGGACGCACCAACUGUACGGAUCAUAGUGAGGGGGAGAAGCUGACGUCGUCAUCCACCACUGCGACGUCUUCUCGGCCUAGACACAGGCAUAGUAAUUCGGUGGACGGUAGCGCUUACGGAGAGGUAAUGGAGGCCAAGAAAGCUAUGCCUCCUGAUAAGCUGGCCGAACUCUGGAACCUUGAUCCCAAGCGUGCUAAAAGAAUACUGGCAAAUCGGCAGUCAGCGGCUCGCUCAAAAGAGAGGAAGGCCCGCUAUAUUCUAGAACUAGAGCGUAAAGUUCAGACCCUUCAAACAGAAGCAACCACUCUUUCUGCUCAGCUAACAUUAUUUCAGAGGGAUACAACUGGCUUGAGUACUGAAAACACAGAGCUUAAGCUUCGGUUACAAGCUAUGGAGCAACAAGCUCAGUUGCGUGAUGCACUGAAUGAAGCUCUGAAGAAGGAAGUUGAGAGGCUUAAGAUUGCCACUGGGGAAAUAAUGAGCCCCUCGGAGUCAUUUAGCUUGGGAAUGCACCAAAUGCCAUACACUGCCUCAACUUUUCUAUCACUUCCACCACAACAAGGAGCUGCCGGCCCCCAGAACAUGCAGUUGCCAAGCUUCACUGGUUCUCAAUCUACUAUGUCAACUUACCAUCCACCUCAGAUGAAUCAACAUCAUCUGUCAGAUAUUAUGCAAAAUGAUCCUCUUGGACGAUUACAGGGGCUAGACAUCAGUAGUAAAGGAUCCAAUCUUGUGAAAACUGAAGGGCCAUCAAUUUCUGCCAGUGAAAGUAGCUUCACAUUUUGACACCAUUGGCUUCUGACUCGCUGACUUAUUUAUCUCAUUGUUGUGUGAUAGGUUUGUAACGUUUGUUAAUAGACUGACAUGCAGUCGGUUAGAGAAAAUACUCUUCAUUUGUUUUAUUAUUUAUUCCAUUCAUGGUUGUGGGAUCAAGUCUUGAUUGUUUAUUCUUAGGGUUUUCCCAGAAACAGGGAGACCUUCUUAAUUAGGUUUUUAUGCGUUGUUCAAGGGUUCUUUCUUCAAUGUUCAAAUUUUGUUCUAUUGGCUUGAUGGAACAUAUGUAUGGGAAUGAAAACCUAUUCCCAUUAGUGAUGAGAUACUACCA